AUGGAGAACAGUUAUGGAUCUGUUUCCUCAAAAAAACACGAAUUUGAAGAGCAAACUGAUCUGAAAGAUGAAAAUAACGAUGAAGAUGGCGCUCCUGUGGAUUCGUUUCCCCUCGGGAAACUCCAAGAAGUUGAAGCCGAACUGGCUCAGAUUGUAUCAACAGGAAUUCAGGACACCAGCUUUAUGUGUAAAUCUGAGUACUGUGUAAUGAUAAGAGAAUAUACCGACAAGUUGUUUCCAGAACCACAAACUGACGAUUUUGGGGUUGAUGUGCGUCUGAAGAAUGUUGUAAGAGCCUUGGGAGAGGGAUCAGUCCUGCCUCUAAGUGAACUUGUGAACGCACUCAAAAUGUCACUUGGGAGUUUCUUUGACCUUGGACCAGAUGAUAAGCUUUACAAGCUUGUUCCAGUGUUUCUGUCACGCAAGAAUCUAGGAGAACCGUACGUAAACCUGAGUGGGAUUGUACGUUCAGAGUGUAAGAGGAGAGAUUGCAUGUGGAUUUGGGAGUCACCAACACUUGAAGUCUUCCCCCACGCACUGCUUGAUCAAGUUCGGUCGUCGAGAGAGGCACGGAACUUAAUCUCAAGACGUUACAAAGCCCUUUCAAAACUCAAGAAUUGUAUCAUUACAGAAGACCUAAAGGGACAGCAAAUGGCACUAGAAACACUUAAUUCAUUGGAUCGAAAGAUGUUACUGGAUAAGGAACGUAAAGAAAGGAUUGAUUUUAAACGGAAAUCACUAGACAAACGAAAAAAUGAGAAAAUGAAGGCCCAAAAGACAAAUUCAAACAUGCUGUUGAGUUGGCUGAAGGUCCAGAAAAGUGAAGAAACUUCUGAAUCUCGAAAGGAUACUUAUUCACCCAUGCUCCCUCCAAAGGAACCAACACGUAAUAUUUGUAUUGAAUGCUCUGACAAACAGAGAACUGACCUCGAAAAUAUACUGGAACCACUGUCUGACUUUUCAGAACCCGACGACCAUCUGUUCACCAAACUUCACAGCUUCAACGAAAUCAAUAACGCAGUUAAACCAGGAGUGAAGGAGGAAAAUGCCGAGAUUUUCAAAAUAUCGAAUCUUCACCGAGAUGUUUGGACAAGGUUCCACACGUAUUUGGAGAUGAACCGCCAGUUUUAUGUGGAAACGAAUGAGAACCUUAUUUGGGUGGACGACCCGCUGAAUAACGUGGAGCAGGCUAACCAUAACUCGACCUGUUUGAAGCCCAGUCGUCAUUGUCGAGUGUUUACAAUGUAUGACAAUGCCUGGAAACGACCUCCGAUGCGCUACCUUGUAGGCAGAAGUAGUUCACUGGUUACUCGGUUUAAUCAGAUUACACCAGACCCUAACGUCGACUACUGCGUUGACUCUGACGAAGACUGGUUUGAACGAUACGACGCCGACGACGUUGAGUUGACUGAGGAGGAAGAAGAAGAGGAAGAGGAGGAGGAUCAGGAGUGGAUUGUACAGGACAGCCCUAAGCCCCGCGAGUUUAGCACUGGAGUUUUCGACACUGACCUUAGCAAGUGCGUUAAGGUUUUCUGCAUGUACAAGAACUGGCACUGGAUAAUUGACGGGAAGCCCGUCUGUGAUCAGUUUAGCAGCAAGGAAACGGCUCUUGAAAAUGGGAUCAUAAUCACUCACUCCGAAUAUGGCUUCGGUUUUGAGGGUUAUACUAGUAACCCGAUUGUUGAUUUGAUGCGGAAUUUACGUGGGACUAAGAUUACAAUGUCACGCAGCGACGUCGAGGAUCUGCUCAGACUAUGUCAUGGGAAGCAUACUAGGAAGGAGGACCUGAUUGCGAUUUUCAAGGAGUCUAAGCCCUUUGCUUCCAUGAGUGAGAUUAAGAACAAGUUCAAAAAGUACAUGACUCGUCUGAAAAUCGACGACAAGCCUCAUCGUUGGAUGGUUACUCCAGAGGCUGCCAAGCUUUUUAACAUUCGCAAGGAGCUCGACCAGAUUCUCACACACCAGCUCAACACUGAAAUUCUCUCUGAACCUUUUUUUUAA